GUUGUAUCUCAUUGCGUUGACUGUGAAGAUCAACUAUCACUCAGCAGGGAUACUGUCAGAGAAAGUUCCCAGAGAUUGUCCUAAAGAGAUCUUCCAUGGGGACUGUGCCUGACCCCCUGAGGUUGACUAAAACUUCCCUGACUGUAGCUUCAGAAGACAAGGAAGAGCUUCAAGGCCAACACCCUUCUAUUCCACAGCCGCCAUCAAUCAUUGCCUAUACCAACGCUAAUAGUCUUCCAUGCUUUCCUUCAGAAUCCGUUAGAGUUGGCUUGUUGGACCUCAGUGGCCCUGGACCAGUAGAGACUAUAAUGAAGGACUCUGAGAAUGAUCUCACUCAGACAGUCAUGUCUUCUGAGAUCUCCAGUGAGGAUGAAAAAUUACCUCCUACAUACAACAGCCCUCCUGAAAGCUCCAGUGAACAUGUAGCACAAAUCCGAGGUCCAGUAGUAGACUUGACCAUUACACACUCAGUCAACCAGGAUGCUAGCCAUCCCACACCUUGUGAUGAGCCAAAGACCUUGACAGAUGCUGUUUCUUUGACUACAGCAGACCAAUCCUCCAGGACAUCUCCACAGUCUAGCCUCACUAGUAAACAUUCAGUAUGCCCUACAGAGCAAGAAAAGACUCUAAAAACAGGGCAUCUGUUCUCCAGAUUCAAAGAAACAGGUACAAUGACAAGCCUAGAUGAGAGUGGAUUUUUGGCAGAGGAGAGGGCAAACAGAACUUGGCAAGAUGCUGAGGUUCAGGCAGUAACCAGUAUGGAGAGCAGAUCUGUCUCUACCAGCCCAAGCAUCUUUGCUACAUUCUUAAGGAAAAUUCCUCCUUUUGAGAGUUUAGAACAACAAGAACAGUUAUGCGUUAUUUACCAGAGCAACAGUGACAUGAACAAUCCAUCAGAGCUCUCUGAUAAGUUGGUAGGUCCAAGAAAAGCGCCUUGUCAUUUUGAUAACAAGACAGAAGUGCUCAUCCAGGCAGCUACUGGUGAUUCUUCAAACAUACCAACUUUCCAAGUGGAAAAUAAGUCAACAGAUUCAGCAGCCACAGUCUAUCAAAUGGCAUCAGACAACAGAAUAUCUGGCCUACGGGCAUCAAGUGAUACCAAAACUACAUGCAAGGAGAAACAGCAGGCAGUAGAAAUGGUCACUAAAGGAGAAAGUCAGAUCAUUACACAGCCAGCCCCUACUACUUUCAUCCCACCGAAUGCAAAACCAGUUGAUCAAAUUUCUACGCAUGCGUGCAAUCAAACUGAUGUAAGUCAUGACUUGGGAAAAGCUGAAACCAAAUCAUCUGACUUGUCAAUGAAAACCAUUAAAAGCAUUCCCAGCAAUAAACCACUCAGCCCUGACAAUGAACUGAACAAAGCCGAUAACUUGAAUGUCACUGACAAAGAUAACACAACUGAGAAGCCUUUGCCUACUCAAGUAGUAAAAGAAUUGGGAACUGAUGAUCCCAAGGCAGACAUAAAACCAAAAGCUGAGACAAAAUCAGAAUUGCUUUGUCCUAAUGCGGAAGGACUAACUGUGGUUACUCCUACCACAGGCAGAAAGAACCAGGACAAAGCCUCUGAAGAAAGUAAGCAGGCAAAGACGGUUACAAGCCUGGGACUCCCAGGAGAGUCGAUGGGGGAAUCCAGUCCAAAUUCUGGUAAACGUACACCCUCUCGGUCAGUCAAAGCAAGUCCGCGUCGUCCCAGCCGUGUCAGUGAGUUCUUAAAGGAACAAAAACUGAAUGUGACAGCAGCUGCUGCUCAGGUUGGAUUUACCCCUGGAGAAAAGAAAAAGCAGCUUGGAUCUGAUGGCAAGCUCCAAUUCAAACAGUCCAAGCAAGUCAGGGAUGUCAUAUGGGAUGAACAAGGCAUGACAUGGGAAGUGUAUGGUGCUUCCCUAGACCCUGAGUCGCUUGGUAUCGCUAUUCAGAACCACUUGCAGAGACAAAUCAGGGAACACGAGAAACUGAUUAAGGUUCAAAGCAAUCAGAAUCGGAAAUCCAUUUCUUCCGAUACAUCUUCAAAUAAAAAGCUUAAGGGGAGGCAACACAAUGUGUUCCAGGCCGUGAUGCAGAACUUUAGACGUCCCAACUGUUGUGUCCACCCUGCUCCCUCGUCUGUGUUAGAUUAAAAGAGAAAAUGUAUAGAAUAGUGUGUGGACACUUAGUACCAACAUGAAUCUUGGUCUAUGAUGAAGGUUACCUAUAUCUGAUGACGGAAUCUGCUAAUCACAAGAAAGUGUUAAUUUCAGGAAAUUGCUUCAAUACAUUACGAGAACUUUGUCAAUUUGAAUGUUAUAUCUAAAGAAAAAAAUAUAGGUAAUAGGAACACAUUUCAAUGUAGGUUUAUGUACCAAAGUGGAAAUAAUAGGCAAAACAAAAAUGUUUAUGGAAAAAACAUUGUAGCUGUUCAUUUUUAUAUUGUUUCCUCACUUUAGCAAACUGGAGUUAUUUGUAUUCAAAUCCUUAUUCUGGAUUCAAAAGUAGAGAUUUAGCACAAACACUUAUAAAUUUCCUGUCCAAAACCCUAAUCCAGAAAAUGAGGAGGUUGUAUAAGACCAUCUUCAAGGUCCCUAGUAACUCUUAAAUUCUAUGAUCUUAAUUCAAUAAGGAUGGUAUCAACACACAAAAGC